GCGAGACCCUGGAGUCUGAGGGCGCAUCUCAUGUCGCAGUUUUAAUACGUCACCGCAUUGGUCAUGACGUAUGUAGAAAGCGGCGCCGUCUCAGACUGGAAUGGGAGCUGGCGAUUUUCCCCAUAUUUUGUUAGUUUAAUCCGUGAAUGGCGCCGAAACAGGACCCGAAGCCUAAAUUUCAAGAAGGUGAAAGAGUGCUGUGUUUUCAUGGGCCAUUGCUCUACGAAGCUAAGUGUGUGAAGAUAAGCAUCAAGGACAAACAGAUCAAAUACUUUAUUCAUUACAGUGGGUGGAAUAAAAACUGGGACGAAUGGGUUCCUGAAAGCAGAGUGCUAAAGUAUGUGGACAGUAAUCUGCAGAAACAGAAAGAGCUUCAGAGGGCCAAUCAAGACCAUUAUGUAGAAGGAAGAAUGAGGGGGGCUGCACCGAAUAAGAAGUUACCUCCUCCAUCGCAGAAAAACGAUGUGAAAACCAAAAAGAACAAACAGAAGACUCCUGGACCAGGGGAAGGUACAAGUUCAGGAGGAGACCCAACCCACCCUCCACGAAAGAAAAGGGCACGUGUUGACCCAACUGUUGAAAGUGAGGAAACUUUCAUCAAUCGAGUGGAGGUUAAAGUGAAAAUCCCUGAGGAGUUGAAACCGUGGCUUGUGGAUGACUGGGACCUGAUUACACGGCAAAAACAGCUUUUCCACCUACCUGCCAAAAAGACCAUUGAUGCAGUUCUUGAAGAUUAUGCAAACUACAAGAGAUCAAGAGGAAAUUCUGACAGCAAGGAAUUUGCUGUGAAUGAAGUGGUUGCUGGUAUCCGGGAAUAUUUCAACGUCAUGCUGGGGACACAACUUCUCUACAAAUUUGAGAGGCCGCAGUAUGCAGACAUCCUGGCCAACCACACAGAUACAUCCAUGUCUCAGAUCUACGGCGCUCCUCAUCUACUCAGACUCUUCGUGAGAAUCGGAGCCAUGCUGGCGUACACUCCGCUGGACGAGAAGAGCCUUGCACUCCUGCUCAGUUAUCUACAAGACUUUCUCAAGUACCUUGUAAAGAACUCAGCUUCGCUGUUCAAUGCAAGUGACUAUGAAGUUGCCCCUCCAGAGUACCACCGCAAGGCAGUUUAAGGAUUUUUAUUUUAGGAGCCUUUUGUUUGUUGAAGUUUGGAGACUGUGGAACGGACGGGAUCACACAAACAGCCUUUGGAGAGCGGAUUGUGCGAGAUCUGUGGAUUUAUUAAGGAAGGAUCAGAGCAAGAUGUCACACUAAUCCCUGGACAAAUUUUAUUUUCUUUCAUGUGGAAAGCUGCUGAGUACACUCUUCUUGUGUUGGUAUGUUUUUCAGUACCACAUUUUAGUUUCUAUGAUGCUUGUUUUGCCCAGUGUUCUCCAAAAUCUUGUGAAAAGGAAUCUCAUCCUGGUUUUUAUUUUGUUUCCUGUGCAGAUGCUGGCUAAAUUUGUCUUGUAGGGCUGUCAUCAUUUUCUAAUAAAAGUCUUUCUCUCUCUA